UACGCUUAAAUAUAUUUGCUUAUCAGACUAAUAUUUUAAAUAAACACGUUCUUUUAAGUACUCAUUCAAAUGUACUCGUCUAUUUUCAAAAACUAACAAUAAUGUUGAAUUGUUGUUGUCCUAGUCCAGAGUAAGAGGUGGUCCAAUAAUUUGCCUGAUCAGAAUCAUGUAGCGGUAGCUUCGGUCGGUUAGCUGAACUCGUUCCCCAGCUCUCGGUACCUGACCGCGGUGACAGUUAAAAAAAUAUUGUUCCAUCCAAAGCUGUGCUCUGAAUACAAUCGCCAAAAUGUUCGAGGAGGCCAGCGAAGUGUUUGAUAACAUGUUCAAGUCUUCGUUUCCCCUAACCUUCAUCGUGUUUAUACCCGCGGUGCUGAUCCUGGUGUCACCGCUCCCGGCCGAGGCGGCACAUGAGUUCACCGUGUAUCGCAUGCAGCAGUACGACCUGCAGGGACAACCGUACGGUACCAGAAAUGCCAUCCUGAACACCGAGGCCCGUACUGUGGAGGCGGAGGUACUAAGUCGUCGCUGUGUUAUCAUGCGGCUGGCAGACUUCUCCUACGAUAAGUACCAGAAAGCCCUGCGCCAGUCAGCGGGAGCUGUGGUCAUCACCCUGCCCAAGAACAUGUCUGCUAUGCCCCAGGACAUAGUACAGCAGUUCAUGGAGCUAGAGCCGGAGAUGCUCGCGACUGAGACCAUCGUCCCCGUGUACUUUGCCAUGGAGGACGAUGAGCUGCUGUCCAUCUACACCCAAACCCUGACCUCUUCCUCCUCGCAGGGCACCUUGUCAGCAGCUGAAGUGCUGCUGCACACGGCCACAGCUAACGGCUUCCAGAUGGUCACCAGUGGAGCUCAGAGCAAAGCCAUUAGUGACUGGGCCAUCACCAGUUUAGAGGGUCGUCUAGCGGGAGUAGGAGGAGAGGACCUGCCCACUAUUGUCAUGGUGGCCCACUAUGACUCCUUUGGUGUCGCCCCAUGGCUGUCGUACGGAGCCGACUCUAACGGUAGUGGAGUGUCCAUGUUACUAGAGCUGGCUCGUCUCUUCUCGAAACUCUACACCUACAAGAGGACACACGCUGGGUACAACCUGCUGUUCUUUGUGUCUGGUGGAGGGAAGUUUAACUAUCAGGGCACCAAACGAUGGCUGGAGGAUAAUCUGGACCACACAGACUCCAGUCUGCUGCAGGACAACGUAGCCUUCGUGUUGUGUCUGGACACUCUGGGGAAUGGAGACUCAAUGCACCUCCAUGUGUCCAAACCUCCUAAAGAGGGAACUCCUCAGUACUCUCUGCUCAAGGAGCUGGAGAUGGUGGUGAGCAGUCAGUACCCGGAGGUCAAGUUCUCCAUGGUACACAAGAAAAUCAACCUGGCCGACGACAUGCUGGCCUGGGAGCAUGAGCGCUUCGGGAUCCGCCGCUUGCCGGCCUUCACUCUGUCCCAUCUGCCCUCGCACCGCCUGGCUCAGCGCUACAGCAUCAUGGACGUGCGGUCAGUGUCCCCCUCCUCUCGCCACGGAGCGGGAGAGCCCCCUGCUGGGCCUCACGUUGAUGUAAAGAAACUCAGCAGGAACACCAAGGUGGUAGCAGAGGCACUGGCCAGGGUCAUCUACAACCUCACAGAGAAGGGGGCCCCUGGAGACCUGCAGAUCUUCACUGAACAAAUGCAGGUGCAGGAGGAGCAGUUAUCAGCGGUGGUGGACUGGCUCACAGCACAGCCGCGAGCCGCCCAGCUGGUGGACAAAGACAGCAGUGUGGUGUCCACUCUGGAGUAUCACCUCGGACGCUACCUCAAGGAUGUCAAGAGACACUACGUCAAAGCUGACAAAAGGGAUCCGGAGUUUGUAUUCUACGACCAGCUCAAGCAAACUAUGAAUGCUUACAGAGUGAAGCCUGCUAUUUUUGACCUGCUGUUGGCUGUCUGCAUCGCAGCCUACCUAGGGAUGAUGUAUCUGGCUAUUCAGAACUUCGGCGUCCUCUACAGUGUUGUCCGCAGAAUCACCCAACCCAAGGCGAAGGCCCACUAGGCCAACACCACACCUUUUCUAUUCCGAGACCCCUCCCUGUUCCUCAAAUCAUGAAACUCUAGCCAGAAGGAACUGGGCCGAGCUGCUGUUCUCAUGAUGGUUUUUCAAACCAGCAGUCACUUCCGCUUCCUUCAUUCUGAUCCACAAACUAUGAUGUCAGAUCCUGUCCUGCUGCCAACUUAAUCCAUUUGGUCUCAUGGACCAGAAAAAUCAGGAAUCAUUCUACUCUCCACAGACGUCAUGUCUUUCAUUUCUGAUAAUCCCUUGCAUUGGAAAUAUUUCAUCACUUGACUCUUGUGAUUGAUUUCAAAUCCAUUUGUCCACACCUCAGAGGUUUAGAUGAGAUUAAAUGAGAGUUUGUGAUGUUGCUGUA